AUCAAAUGCCCAUUUGUUAGUUCUGACCAAUCCGACAUUGGCUUCAGCAUCCCAAUUCCAAGGCAGUGAUUUCUUGUUUCUGCUUUUGGGUGGGUUUGACCCUGUGAAGGCGAAGAGAUCUCGAUUUCUACCGAGGAAGGGCGCCGGCGACACACGGCCUCUGCUCGACAGUGUUGAAUCGCGAGGCACUGCUUGAUGCAGUAGCGACCCAAUCAGAAGAGGAAUACGAACCUCCGACGGCCGUCCGCGCCGAGCUCGCCGCCGUCCAGAUCCAGGAGUCCUUCCGCCGCGACACCACCUCUAUUCCUUUCCUCGCCGAUCGACUACUUCCUCUUCUGGUUCAGAUGGAGUGCUUGGUGUCAGACGGUAGCUUCUUGUUGAUGGUUUGAUUAAUCACAAUCACAUCUAGCGGCACCAGUAAGAAGCUUCUUUUCUGCUAUAGAACGGAAAAAAUGGAUGCUAUACAUCUUGGUACUGAUGUCACAUACAAUGUUUCAACAGAAUCUCAUUAUGGCUUCUCCAAGGUACUUAACUAUGGUUUAAAACAUUUGCCCUUCUCAUUCACAGUUUAAUAUAUCUGUAUUACUGAUUGAAAGAAUGAACCCUAUAUAGCUGCCAUACUUUUGCAACUGGGUUGUAGCUGACAAUACAUUUUUACAGUGAUAAACGACUGGAUUGUAUUACUGAACCUUUCAUUGUUAUGAACUGAUAUCUUGUCUCAUCUACUUGUCUUUUUUCCUGUGUGACAGGCCAUCAAGUCAACGUAUACCCUAAAAGAUCACGAUGAUUGGGCGUGGUCAUCCUACUCAGCAUGGGGCGUAUGUCAUGGAUUCCCCUUUUAACCGUGGCACAGAUGUUGAUAGGCAAAGUAGUCUUAUGGAGCAGGACGAUAUGAUACAAUUAAAUAAUUACAUGUUGGAUGAUUCUUCCCAUGUUGGGCAACGGUGCCAGAGGCUUGGGUGCAAUGAGGUUGUUGAAAGCCAGACAGUGUUCUGCAAAAGCCACACUGUAGGCCAGCGAUGCCAAAUGCUUGGUUGCCCUCAUACUGUACCAGAUGGCUCAGCUUUAUGCACGUCCCAUGGUGGAGGCCACCCAUGUGGUGAACCUAGUUCCAAUGCAGUAGCGUGCACCAAAUCAGAAGUAUCGAUCAAGUACGAAAGAGAUAGUGGAUUCAGAGAAACAGGAAAUGCUGGCAAUGCUCUUAGUAGCACAGAGAUCAACAGUCUUGAUGGUGAAGUUGUAAAGUGCAAGCACCAAGGCUGCAGCAAACGAGCCCAAGGAAAUACAAUGUAUUGCAAGGUCCACAAUGGUGUUUCUAAACGCUGCAUGGUUCAAGGAUGCACAAAGGGUGCACAUGGAGGUACACCUUUGUGCAUUAGCCAUGGAGGAGGGAAGCGCUGUGUAGUCACUGGAUGCCCCAAUGCUGCAUGUGGCAGCAGUCAAGGCCGCACUGACCGCUGUGUCAGGCAUGGUGGUGGCAGGAGGUGUAACUAUGAUGGCUGUGGGAAGGGUGCACAAGGGAACACAGAUUUUUGCAUUGCACAUGGUGGGGGCAGGCGAUGCAAGUAUGAAGAAUGUGGGAAAAGUGCACAAGGCCGGACAGAUUACUGUAUUAAACAUGGUGGCGGCAGAAGGUGCAAGUUGCAGGGAUGUAGCACGAGCGCGAAAUGGGGGAUGGAUUUCUGCUCUGUGCACAGGAAGAGUUUGUUGAGCGCCAAUUCUGCCGAUGAAAUGCUUCCAACACCACCGCCAAAGCGUUGCGCCAAGAAGGCCAAGAGAACAGUUGAGGCACCUGGUCCCUCCAUGGAGUCUGCUACCAUGUCAGCCAUACCUGGAUGUGGCAUGCCCAAUAUGGCCAUUGCUCAUGCUGCUGGUUCGGACCAUGAUAAAUUACUGGAGAGCCUGAUGAUGAAGCAUGCUUGCGUGGUGCUUCAACAACCGCCUCAGUCUUCAACUAAAUCUUCGCCGCCAGGAUUGACUCUUUCAACCGAGGGGGAGGCAACCGCACGGAGCCGUGAAUUAUUUGGGUUGUAGAUGAAAUAUAUUGAUGCAUAUAUGUGGUUGGAAGGACUUGUUAAACUAAACCAUUAAUUGUGUUAUAAUGUUGGUGUCAACGGUCUUAGGAAAUCCGGUGUAUUGACAUGCUUUGAUGUCACUUGACUUGGUAGAACUGCCCAUUGUACUUUACGUUUUUUGUUCUUUUGCUCUAUUGUUUAUCCUGUUAACAGUAUGAAAGCUUUGCUGUGGGUUCGCACAAUUUGAACAAAAUUUGCAUAUUCAAGUUGGAUAAGCAAGAGUAGAAUUGAAAUUUUCAAUAUGUA